UGCUGUUGCUUUCUGCGUGGCUUAUGGGUAGCCGUACAGUGCCCUUGUCCUGUGAGGCGCAUUCGUUGACUGGGAUCACGCUUGCAUUACGGGGAAGCCUUGGCCUUUGAUUUAGUCAAGUUUAGGCUAGAUCCACCAGAAAUUUAAGCAAUAUGAUGGCUGCAAGGUUUUUGUUCCGUCGCACAAUCCCUGCUUUGAGGCAAGUGCGUUGCUAUGCUGAUGCACCCGGAGGAGCACCACAGAUGUCCUUCACAUUCGCCUCGCCGACUCAGGUGUUCUUCAAUGGUGCCAGCGUGAGGCAGGUCGACGUACCAACGCUGACCGGUGCCUUCGGCAUCCUCCCUGCUCACGUUCCAACCCUGCAGGUUCUGAGGCCUGGAGUCGUCACCGUCUUCGGUGAUGAUGGUUCCUCCACAAAGUACUUUGUGAGCAGUGGGUCCGUCACAGUGAACGAAGACUCGUCAGUCCAGCUCCUGUGUGAGGAGGCAUUCACCCUGGACAGCUUUGACCUGGCGGCCGCCAAGGCUAACCUGGAGAAGGCCCAGGCCGACAUGGUCGGAGUGUCAGACGAGGCCGCUCGCGCAGAGGCCCAGAUCGCAGUAGAGGCCAACGAGGCCAUUGUAAAGGCCCUGGAGUGAUGUGCAUAUUCAUAUUUAACCAUUGGAUGUUUUGUUGGUGAAAAAGAAAAACCUGCUUCUCUUCAGUUUUACGCAAGUCCUGUCCAGUCAGUAUCAACAAGCCACCAGGCCUGCUUUGUACAGUUGAUGAAAUUACCAAUAAAUUUAUUUGGAAUUAUUCA